GAUGUUGUGGAGCGUUUUGAUAAGCUUUAUUUGGACAGUGGCUGUUUGUCAUUUCUAAGUGCAUCCAGAUAUCUCAUGAUUAGAUUAUGGUUUUGUUCAGCUGAGAUCCGCAUCCGAUGCUUGUUUAAUGCACUUGUUUAAUACAAUCACAAGCUUUUAUGUCUGAGCAUUUCCUUUCAGCUUGUUCUCUGAUAUCUGCUUUAUUCUGUUCGACAGCUUUAAGACGAUCAUCCAGUAUAUUGAUAAUCAGUUCGAGCGAUACUUGCAUGACGAGAGCGGACUGAACCGCAGACACAUCGUUGACAACAGAGUGCACUGCUGCUUUUAUUUCAUCUCUCCGUUUGGACACGGCAGAAGUUAUGCAUUAAAGCAACAUGAAUCACCAACAAAAACCACAGCUUGAAGCCUCUGGAUGUUGAGUUUAUGAAGGCAAUCCACAGCAAAGUCAACAUCGUCCCUGUGAUCGCCAAAGCUGACACGCUCACGCUGAGAGAGAGAGACCGUCUCAAGAGAAGGGUUUUGGAUGAGAUCAGUGAACACGGGAUCCGGAUCUACCAGCUUCCCGACGCUGAUUCGGACGAGGAUGAAGAAUUCAAGGAACAGACGCGUGUCCUAAAGGCCAGCAUCCCGUUCGCCGUGAUCGGCUCCAACCAGCUGAUAGAGGUGAAGGGGAAGAAGAUCCGCGGACGCCUGUACCCGUGGGGGGUGGUGGAGGUGGAAAACCCCGAACACAACGACUUCCUCAAACUGCGCACUAUGCUAGUGUGA